AGUGCGCAGACACGUUUUUAUCCGACGUUAUUCACGCCGUUUCGGGUACGAGCACCCGGAUGUCAACACGUCUAUGGCGAAAUGGCCGCCGAGGAUCUUCCGUCCGAGUUUGACGUCCUCAUUGUGGGCACAGGUCUUACGGAGUCAGUGGUGGCGGCAGCGUGUUCUCGAGCGGGACAAAAAGUUCUUCACCUGGACACGAGGAGUUACUACGCGUCCAAGUGGGCCAGCUUCACUUUUAACGCUUUGCUGACGUGGAUCAAGGAGCGUCAGGAGCCGACGGAGAGCGGCGACGCCCACGAUUGGUCCAGCCUAUUGCGGGAAGGGGAGGAGCCAAUCUGUCUGUCAAAUGCGGAUUCCGCCUCCAUCAGGAACUUGCAGGUGUUCUGUUUCACCAGUGAGGAGGAAGAGGAGGAGGAGGAGGAUGAGGAGGGAGUUCGCUGCUGCGUAGAAGAUGAAGAAGAAAAAAAACAAGAGUCCACAGAGCAGACAGCUGACAAGCAGCAAACGGAAGAAGAAGAAGAAGAACAAUCAUGUUCAGUGUCAACAGACCAACGAGUUGACGCAUGGCACGACGAAAAGGAAGGAGAAGAAGUAGAAGAGUGUGCGCACGCAGAAAAGGAGGAGCCGGAGCCGCCACGCCCCCGCGAGACGGCCAACCAAUCGGUUCCCGGCAGGAAGAAGCUGACCUAUUCGCACCUGCUCAAGGAAGGACGAAGGUUCAACAUAGACCUCGUCUCCAAGUUGAUGUACGCUCGCGGCUCAUUGGUGGAGCUGCUCAUCAAAUCCAACGUCAGUCGCUACGCCGAAUUCAAGAACAUCACCAGGAUCCUCACCUAUCGCCACGGCAACGUGGAGCAGGUGCCGUGCAGUCGGGCCGACGUGUUCGCCAGCCGCCAGCUGUCGAUGGUGGAAAAGAGGAAGCUGAUGCGAUUCUUGUCUUCCUGUCUGGAGGAAAAGGAGGAGGAGGAGCUCGAGGGCGACAGCGGGCGACCGUAUUCGGAGUUCCUGCGCGGGCGGCAGCUGGGCGACAACCUGCAGCACUUCCUGCUGCACUCCAUCGCCAUGGCGACGGAGGAGACGACCACCCGCGCCGGCCUGGCCUCCACGCGUCACUUCCUGCGUUGCCUGGGUCACUACGGCAACACGCCCUUCCUGUUCCCCGUCUACGGCCUGGGCGAGAUCCCGCAGUGCUUCUGCCGGAUGUGCGCCGUGUUUGGGGGCGUUUACUGCCUGAGGCAUCCAAUCAGGUGCCUUCUGCUCGACAAAACCGCCAACAGAUGCACCACCCUGAUCGACGGCCGCGGGCAGCGGAUCGCGUGCGGCCAUUUUGUACUGGAAGAUGACUUUCUGCCCGCCCACCUGAAGAACCAGGCCACGCCCACCAGGUCCGUCUCCAGAGGCGUUCUCAUCACAGACCGCUCUAUUCUGCCCAGCGACCAGGAUCAGGUCUCCUUGGUAACCAUCCCCCCGACAGAGGCGGGACUCCCCGCCGUGAGGAUGGUCGAGCUGUCGCCGUCCACAAUGACGUGCGCCCCGGGAACGUAUUUGGUCCACCUCACCUGUCAAUCGCAACUGGGCUCCGCCUACGACGACCUUUCGCCUGUGGUGACCAGGAUGUUUGACACCAUGCAGUCACAUGACCAAGGUUGGCGUCCGCGCGUGCUGUGGAGUUUUUACUUCAACAUGGACGACUGCGCCAAGGUGGACGUCAGCAGCUUGCCGUCGAACGUGUACGUGUGCUCGGGACCGGACGGCGAGCUGGGUCACGAGCGUGCCAUCAAACAGGCCGAGUCCAUCUUCCGCAAGAUCGCCCCCGACCAGGACUUCUGCCCCGCCGGGCCCAACCCCGAAGACAUCCUGUACGACGCAGACGACGAAGUCUUGGGGCUUGGCGGCGUCGCCCCCGCGACGGGCGAGGAAGUUGCCCAAGGGUGACCCCAAAUACAACAUGUAGAGUAUUUACUUGACCCCUGUAAUGCAUUGUUGCAGGGAAAAAAUAUAUAAUUUUCUAUUUAUGUGAACUAAAAUUAAUAAAAGCAUCUGCUAAACAAACU